AGCGUCAGUGCGUCCCAGGCAACGCCAUUCCUUGUCCGUACUUUUCUUCUGUAAACUGAAACGAAGCUUGAAUCACUCUUCUUUGGUGUUUUAAUGUGGAAUUUGUAUAAUUAUAAGCCUGAGUUAUCAAUAUUUCAUUUUCGUCUCCUGUAAUCCUGAUUAAGAAUGGGCAUAUUAGAUGGCUUCCCUGCCUUUGCCCUUUACUUGUUCGAAGAUUCAUAUGAAGUUGGGAGCACUUCACUCAUAGACUGGAAUGGUUCCGAAGAAGAUUAAUUUGAUUUUUCUCUUGAACAUGUUGUGUUCUGGCCAGAGAGACGGGAAACCACCAAAGGAAGAAAACUUAAGUCAGCCCCAAAAGCUAUCCAGCCAAGGUUCUUUGUUUCAAUGAUAGUAAGCUGAACCUUCGUGGUAUUGCCAAGGACAUAGCCAGUGGGGCGAUUAUUUUUGAAGAUGUUGAAAAGAAUUAUCAAGUUCCUGCCGAGACCUCCUGUUUUGAGGAGUCUGACGGUGCUGCCAGGAGGAGUAAAAGAGAAAAAAAAACUUUCUUUUAAGAAGAACGAAUGUGUCAAAGUUAUGGCAGCUCCUCCAUCAAAGCCAGCUAAAUCGUCAGUCGCGAAAAAAAGAACAAUGAAGUCCCAAUUCAAUUCACAUACGUUCAAAAUCCUGAGUGACAACAGUUCUGCUAAUGGAGAUGCCGCCGAAAGUGACGACAGCAUCCAGCAGUCAUUAAGCAGCAUCAGCUCUUAUAAGAAGAGAAACAUACAUGAUGAUGAGGAUUAUGAUUUCUUCAUCGAUUCCGAUAAGGAGUCUCAACACCGAAAAGAAACUAGGAAACAAAUGGAAUACGAGGCAAUGAAGGACAAGCUUCGGUUUUAUGAAAGUUUUCUUGAUAUCCGUACUCAAAUAUUUGACAUUUGUGAGAUGAAGAAAAGAGUCGUAAAGCUUCACUCUGUCGGGCAAUCAUCUGUGUCAUCACAACAUUCAUCUACUUCUUCCUCGUCCAGCAGUUUAUCAAAUGAUGAAGCCAACAAAAGUGAUGAUGUUGUCUCUGACUCUCUUGCGUAUCCUGCUACCACCAGCCCGUGUGAUGAAUCAACAUCGCACACAUCUGAAGUUGGAAAAUCCGGGACAAAGUUUCCCAUUUCAAUGAAAGUUGUGGAAAAGCUGAGCAAGGAUGCCAAGAUAAAUUUAUUUAUCACGAGGCUACUGGACUAUCUCUAUACGGAAGAAUUCAUGGCUAAGACUACAGUUACGAGCAAACGAAAACGAGCCAGCCCAUCUGAGAAAGGCCAGCUAGACGAGAAAGAAUUACGUGAAAUAAUAGACGUCACAAAUAAGCGAUUCCCGCCAAGCGACGUAGAUGCACAGGAAAAACUCAUUCGUACAACAGUUGGGGUGAAGUUCAACUAUGUUGCAGCCAAGUUAAAGACGCAGCUGCUUCUCUCUCAUAGCUGACCAAAUUGUUGAAUUGCCGAAAAGGAGCUGCUUCCUGCAAUUGCCAGGCUUUCCCAAAAUCAUUGUUGAUUUCAAUUGUUUCGUUUUCGUUUUUUCAUUAAUUGUUGUACCUGUACCUUGCACAAUGUAGAAUUGAAUCUGCUAAACCUAGAAAAAAAAUACAAUUUCUUAAUCGACCAA